GCGGCAGGCACCAUGGCUUUUGGUUCAGUGCUCCUGCUGCUCUUAGCUGGCCUGGCACUGCUCUCUGAAGCUGCACCACCGGUCUCUGCUGACUCCAAGCAUCCUCUUUCUAUCAAAGUUCUGGAUUCAGUCCGAGGAAGUCCAGCUCCAAAUGUUCCAGUUAAGUUAUAUAAAGAAGCUGCAGAUGGAUCCUGGGAGCUGUUAAAUUCAAAGCAAACCAACAACAAUGGAGAGCUCCAUGAGCUCACCAGUAAGGAGAACUUUGUAACCGGCUUAUACAAGAUCGAGCUCGACACAGCCGCUUACUGGAAGGCACUGGGCUUGAAUCCCUUCCAUCACCAUGCUGAUGUGGUGUUCACAGCUAACGACUCUGGCUAUCGCCACCACUCCAUCACUGUUCUCCUCAGUCCCUUCUCUUACUCGACUACAGCAGUAGUCAGUGAGCCAGUGGAAUAGAAGACCACACUGAGCAUGAAAACGUAGAGGUGUGAAUUGAAAUUCCCAUAAAGAACAAGAUCUUUGCUUCUGACUUAGCAACACUUCUCUUUAGGAAGAACAGUUACUGGCUUUAUUUUCCAGCACUCUUCUGAAUAAAAGCAUCCUGCCUUUCUGUACUCUGUAA